UCAUUCCGACAAAAGCAAUUCAUUCCAGUUUCGUAUUCCCGUUCCUAUAUUUGCUUUAUUUCUAUUUUUUUAUUGACGAUUAAUAAACCCAUUUCUCUCCAACUUUUCUCUCUCUCUCUCUCUCUCUCUCCUCAUUCUUCUGCUGAGAAAUAUCGAUUACUGAGGAUUCAUGACGGAGAAGGGUCGUCCACUGCCUAAGUUUGGUGAAUGGGAUGUAAAUGAUCCUGCUUCGGCAGAGGGAUUUACUGUAAUAUUCAACAAGGCCAGGAAUGAAAAGAAGACGGGUGGCAAACCAGAUUCUCCUACAAAGGUGGAGAUGAGUUCACAUAAUGGAGUCGAACCUAUAAAACCUCACGGUAAAAAAUGGUUUUGCUGCAUGAAGAACCCAAGCACAGAAUCUUGACCGGGUUUCCAUGUGCAAAAGAUAAAAUAUAGAAGUGCAUAUUAUAUAAAGAGCCCAGAAAGUGUCUCUAAAAUUGGAGCUAAGGUGGCAUUAGGCACCAUGCUUUCAAUUUUUGUGUGUUGUAAAAUUAUCUUUUUUUUUUUUUUUUUUUUUUUCGUGUGUCGUGGGCCGAUGACUUUUUGGAAAACUCGAUAAACAAUUCUGUAAGUUGCCUGCCUGGUGGAUCAUAUGAUUAAGCCAGCUUUAUUAUGUUUGUUGCUUUCCCUAUCUUUUGACCCUGUAAAAGCAUUUGUUUGUGCCCUAUUUUGAUUAUUUAUUUGCUCCACUGGUAUACAGUUUAAUUUUG